AUGUCCAAUUCCAGGGAAAUGGCGGAGGAAGUGCAGAGUUAUAACUUACACAGCGAAACCUCCUCUAUUGCUUCGUCGUAUGCAUCAAAUUUACAUCAUCCUCAAACUUUACACCAUGGUCAUAGUCCAACAGUUGAACCAACUCUUACAGGAAAGUCGUCUCUGCGAGACAAGACUUUAAUGGUUCCUAGGAAUAAACGCAGGGGUCUUUUUUCCCACCUAUCGGUUAUUCCAGAGUAUAAGGAUGCACGUAAUUAUCCUCCAAAGCUAAAGGGCUUCAUCGUUUUGCUGAUCGCUUAUGCCUCGAUGAUGGGCCCCAUGGGAACGUCAAUAAUCUAUCCAGCAAUUACACCGAUUACCGAGGAGUAUCAUACGAGCACAAUUAUGGUAAAUGUGUCGGUGGGUAUAUAUCUACUAAGUCUGGGAAUUCUACCAUUGUGGUGGUCAUCAUUGUCAGAGCUAAGAGGUCGUCGCACCGUGUACGUGAUCUCUUUCACGCUGCUUUUUGGAUUUUGCAUAGGAACCUCAUUGGCUCCCAAUAUUAGCGCCUUCAUCGUCUUUAGGAUGUUAUGUGGUGCUUCUUCGGCUAGCGUUCAAAGCGUUGGUGCAGGAACGAUCUCAGACUUAUAUGAGCCCGAAGAAAGAGGUAAAAACCUUGGGUAUUACUAUCUGGGAGCAUUGAUGGCCCCACUUGCCUCGCCUAUCAUCGGGUCACUUUUGGUUAGUCGUUGGUCGUGGAGAUCGACUCAAUGGUUUAUGGUAAUACUGGCGGGCGUUAACGUCUUACUGCUGACACUGCUUCUCCCCGAAACACUUCGUCGUCAAGACACGAAAGGCGCAAUUGCUGCAAUCCUGGCAGAAAGAAGGAAAGGUGCGAAGCACAUGGAUGAAAGUACUACAGAGAAAGAGGACGAACCGGAUGAACCAAGCGUAUCUCAAGAAGGACAAAUAACACCUGAUAAUAGUGUCGAGGAUGAAGAAGAAGAAAUUGAGCGCAUAUUGACGCGCACAAGCGAAGUCACACAAUAUCCACAGAAUGAUCAUUAUGGCGACCCUGUCGCUCCACAAAUAACUCGCAUGCAAUCCCGGGAUCCAAAGCAGGAACAGCGCAUUAGAGAACAGGACUUACAACGAUGGAAAUCAAAUAUCGAAAAUGAGCUUGAACAAAUGGAAACUCGUAAAUCUGUGAAAACUUCUAACCCCCAAUCUGAAGAGUCACCAAAUAGUUGGAAGAAAACUAUUUAUAUAUACGGCUUGAAGCCGCUCAAAUCUCUACACUUUCUGAGGUACCCACCUGUUACUUUGGCAAUCAUUUUCUCAGCAAUUUCAUUCGCCAUAUUGUAUUUUGUAAACAUGACCGUCGAAUACUCAUACUCGCGGUCUCCUUACAACUUCAAACCACUCUAUAUCGGGUUACUUUAUAUUCCGAAUUCUGUGACAUACAUUUUUGCCUCGAUAUAUGGUGGAAAAUGGGUUGAUAAUCUUUUGAAAAGAUACAAGCAAAAGCAUGGCACACUAGCCCCAGAGGCAAGAAUAUCCUGGAAUGUGGUCACGGCAGUUGUAACGUUUCCCGUUUCACUUCUAAUAUUUGGAUGGUGCCUUGAUAAAAAGCAGCACUGGGUAACUCCUCUGGUGGGAACUGCCCUUUUUGGUUACGCAUCAAUGAUGACAAUUGGUGCCACGGUUUCUUAUCUCGUCGAUUCCCUACCCGGACGAGGUGCUACAGGUGUUGCGCUGAACAACUUAAUUAGACAGAUCUUCGCUUCUACGGCAGUUUUCGUAACAGAGCCGAUGCUGGAAGGAAUGGGUCCCGGCUGGGCAUUUACCAUGCUUGCCUUCAUAGUAAUCGCCGCUAGUGGGGUAUUGAUUAUUUUGAAGAAAAAAGGUGAUUACUGGAGGGAAAAUUACGAUUUACAGAAAUUAUAUGACUUACUGGACUGA